GGGGCGAGUCGGGGCCGGCGCGGGGCGUGUCGGGGUCGAAGCAGGGCCCGGCCGCGGGACCAGACCCGGACGCUGCCGCAGGCGGAAGGUCAGGCGGCGCGGGCCGGCGGGCAGGGACGGGAAAGCCCGCGAAGUCCGGCGGGGUCGAGGUGCGGAGUCUGCAGGUCCGAGGCCCGGCCCGAGAUGAGGAAUCAGAGGCUCGGAGACGUGAAGUGACCUCCCCAAGGCCCACACAGCGCGUUAGUGGCGGAGACUGUCUUGCAGACCUGGAGUGUCCGGUUUCAAGUCACUGCCAAGUGCAGUUACGGAGAACAGCAGGAGGGAAGAGCCUGUCAACAGGCCAUUAGAGGUGCCAGCUGUUUGGAACUGAAACACAACAGAAGGGGAAGCAGAGAGUGAGGGCCAGGCCCCUUGGGGGCUGAUGGCUGGAGGACUGCUGCAUCUGUACUGGGUGCUGCCUUUGCUCUGCGAGCUGCUGAUGGUGGAGACAGUGUCCGGGGGCAGGGGCCCAUCUACAGGGGCCCCCAUUAGCUCCCAGUUUCCAGCCUCAGGUGUGAACCAGACCCCCACGGUAGACUGUCGAGAAGUAUGUAGCCUGAACGCCUCUGACCGCUGUGACUUCGUCCGCACCAACCCUGACUGCCGCAGCGAGGGGGGCUACCUGGACUACCUCGAAGGCAUCUUCUGCCACUUCCCACCCAGCCUCCUCCCUCUGGCCAUCAGCCUUUAUGCUUUCUGGCUGCUUUACCUGUUUCUGAUUCUGGGAGUCACUGCAGCAAAGUUUUUCUGCCCUAACUUGUCCGCCAUUUCCAGCACGCUCAAGCUUUCCCACAACGUGGCAGGUGUCACCUUCCUGGCGUUUGGGAACGGGGCGCCGGAUAUCUUCAGCGCCGUGGUGGCCUUCUCGGAUCCCCGCACAGCUGGCCUGGCCUUUGGGGCACUGUUUGGCGCGGGCACGCUGGUUACCACUGUGGUGGCCGGCAGCAUCGCCAUCCUACGCCCCUUCACUGCGGCCUCGAGACCCUUCCUCAGAGACAUCAUUUUCUACAUGGUGGCCGUGUUCCUGAUCUUCACCGCCCUCUACCACGGCAGGGUCACGCUGGCGUGGGCCCUGGGUUACCUGGGCUUCUAUGUGUUCUAUGUGGUCACCGUGGUUCUCUGCACCUGGAUCUACCAAUGGCAGCGGAGGAGAGCCUUGGUCUACUCCAUGCCAGGUACUCCAGAGAUGCUCUCAGAGUCUGAGGAGGAUCGGGUAUCUUCUAAUACCAACAGCUAUGACUAUGGUGAGGAGUACCGGCCGCUGCUCUUCUACCAGGAGACCACGGCUCAGAUCCUGGUGCGGGCCCUCAACCCCCUGGAUUACAGGAAGUGGAGGACCAAGUCAGUCUACUGGAGGGCCCUCAAGGUGUUCAAGCUGCCCGUGGAGUUCCUGCUGCUCCUCACGGUCCCCGUCAUGGACCCUGACAAGGAGGAUGGGAACUGGAAACGGCCCCUCAACUGCCUGCACCUGGUCAUCAGCCCCCUGUUCUUGGUGCUGACCCUGCAGUCGGGGACCUAUGGCGUCUAUGAGAUAGGUGGCCUCUUUCCCGUCUGGGCCGUGGUGGUGAUCGUGGGCACAGCCUUGGCUGCAGUGACCUUUUUUGCCACAUCCAACAGUGAGCCCCCCAGGCUUCACUGGCUCUUCGCUUUCCUGGGCUUCCUGACCAGCGCCCUGUGGAUCAACGCAGCUGCCACGGAGGUGGUGAACAUCCUGCGGUCUCUGGGCGUGGUCUUCCGGCUGAGCAACACUGUGCUGGGGCUCACGCUGCUGGCCUGGGGGAACAGCAUUGGAGAUGUCUUCUCAGAUUUCACGCUGGCCCGCCAGGGCUACCCCCGGAUGGCGUUCUCGGCCUGUUUCGGUGGCAUCAUUUUCAAUAUCCUGGUGGGAGUGGGGCUGGGCUGCCUGCUGCAGAUCUCCAGGAGCCACAUGGAGGUGAAGCUGGAGCCUGAUGGACUGUUGGUGUGGGUCUUGGCCGGCGCCCUGGGCCUCAGCCUCGUCUGUUCCCUGGUCUCGGUCCCACUGCAAUGCUUCCAGCUGAACAGAGUCUACGGCUGCUGCCUGCUCCUCUUCUACUUGACCUUCCUGGUAGUGGCCCUGCUCACUGAAUUUGGAGUGAUUCACUUGAAAACUGUGUGAGUGAAGCUGUGUCGGGGUUGGGAGGUGUCACUGCAGGCAGUGAGACAGGAGGAUGAAGGGCCUUGGGUAGGACCCAUUUGGGCGUGCGUGCGUGGCCAUGGCCGUGACUGUGACCUGGAUGUGGGCUCGGGGGCCGCGCUUUCUGCCGGAGCUUCCCAGUCGCCGCUGUGUGCAGUGAGGACAGCUGAACCUCGUUUCUGGGACUGUGGAGACUGGGCUUCCCCGUGGACACAGUUCCCCGCAGCAGCCCAAGAAGGCUUCCUUGCAGUAUCUCCAGAGCCUCUUGAAAGUUGGGGUCCGGAGUGAAAGGGAUGUCUGGGGUGCCUUCCAGGCUGGUAUUGGAAGGCCCCAAAGAGUUCGGGACUGGAGGCAGUUGUGGAGGCCCCGGCCCCUCCCCAUAGCUGCCCCCUGUUGCUUUCCUGCGUCUUCUCUCAGGGCUUAAAGGGCUGCCAAACGCGGGUUUAGGGAGUUGGGACUCGGACCUGGCGGGUAGAACAUCUGUGCCCUGUGGGCCUCGGGCCGACACGGGCUGAGUUCUAGAGCUGCCGCGUCCGACAGACAUAGGAUGUGAGACCCGUACCUAAUUUUGAAUCUUCUGGUCGCCAUGUUAAUAAAGCCAAAAGGAAAAGGGUGAAAGUAAUGAUAAUAAAUAUGGCUCCAAAAUAGCAGCGAGUGGCACUGGCCCUUCGGUGGCUGCCAUAUGGGACGCCACAGCUCUAGACUCUGCCUCCGGAACUGUGUGCUGGCUUCAGAGGUUUCCCUGGCUGCAAAACAGGAGUCCGUUUGUGCCCUGUGCCUACCUCAGGGGGAGCCCUGGGCUGGGGUUCCCUUGCCUGCAAGCCCCUGGGAGGGUGACGAGCGCUCCCGGGCGCGAUCCUGCUGUCAGCCAGUGACCUGCCUUUUCCACAAGCAGCUCUUGCGUUUGCUCGAUGCCUUAUGCCGGCAAAGGGAUUCAACUGUCUUUUUUUCCAAUGAAAAAGCUAUUAAAUAUUUCAAGUAUUCGGAAAACAACACACCAGUUCUUCUUAACCUGGGCCAGGUGAUGCAUGGUUGGUUUCGGGGCCAAAGGCUCUCGGGCCUGACGGAUCUGGACUUCAUGGCACGUCUAGGGGUGGGGCUGAGGUGGGGUCAGGAAACAGCGCGAUGGGUCCUCUCCCUGUUCCCCACGAUCUCGGAAGCCACCGAAUGGUGCCUGGGGGGAGUCAUGAGGCGGCAGCCACAUGUACAAAGCAGAGGCUCUUUUAUUAAUAUGCCAGAAAUCCGGAGACACCGUGGGUUUUCUGGGUAACAAAUCGCCAACGUACAAAAACCUUACAGCGUCGCUCCCGCUAUCUGUACAAAAUGAUUGUCGCGUGGUGUGGAGUAAGGCUGGGUUGGGGGGGGGGAAGCAAGGAGGAGGGGCCAGAUGGUGUCCCCCCCGAGCAGGGCAAGGGCACAGGGCCAUCACAGACACUGACAGGCGGUGUGACCCAGAACAGGUGGGCGCGUCUCACCUUGGUUCGUCCAGCUGACAUGGGAGGUGAGAGGGCAUCCGAGCUGGAUGUCCUGGGUCCCGCAGAGCUCACAGCCCUGGGUCAACUCGAGGCCCUCAGUGACCCUGUGGGGGCAGCUGUCCUUAGCCUCAGUGAUGAGGGCCACCCACCACUGGCUGGAGUCUGGCCCAUCAGCACUGUUGCCACUUGGCUUUCAUCCCAUCCCUGGCUGAAAACAGGGCCUUUCACAGGACAGGGUUGGGCGGCCUGGACUAGAUCUCACUCUUCCUGGUGCCAGCCUUCACCCUGGGGGGUGCGGGGUGCGCUCAGUUUCCCUGACGCCCCUCCUGGGUUUCAGCCUCCUGGGGGCAGAUGCUGAGGUCAGAGGAUUCACACCCUCCUUUAAAAGCGGCCCCUUGACUCCUGCUUCCAGAAUGCCCGUUUCAAUACACAAAAGCUAAAAGGCACCCAGUUGUGCAAAGUUCCUUUUCUGGAGAGGGGAAGGGGUUCUGGCCUGGGGCUUAGUGCCAAGCUGCCCGCGAUGGCCUGUGGCCUUCCAGAGAUAAAAGAGGACAACGUCCGUCUCCUGAUUCCUUUGGGAACCUCAGUGGUUCUCAGUGAUUCGUUGUUUUCCUAAAGGACUGUGCUUUAAGAACAAAAACGCCCACCACUUCUCCCCUGGUGAGGGGCAGAGCUGGGUGGUGCUGGCUGUGGGAUCAGCCUGGCCAAGGCCGCAGUCAGGAAGACUUGGCCGUGGAGAUAGGGUAGGGGAGCCGGGUUCUGCGCCCCUGGGAUCAGGCCCUGCCUGGCUGGGGAGAGGAUGUGGCGAGGGGGACUCUCCAGGCACCCACCUUCCUAAGCUGCAGAGGCAGCUGCAAAGCGGGGGUUGGAGCAGAAUGCCCAGUGGGGGCUGCUUCCCCUGCCCCCUCCCCACCCCUUUCAUCCCCGCCUCGGCCGCCUCGGCCUCCUGCACCACGCUGGGCUCGCAGCCCAGGACACCUGAGCCAGGGCUCCCUCUGCCCUGACCCUGCUUCUGCCACCACCGCUCAGCCGACGGCCUGCUGUGGACUCACGCCUCGGCUGCACUGUGAUCUCAGAGGACUCUCCCACGGCCCCCGGGGAACUCAGGAAACUGAGGGGCCACCUGAACCCACUGCUGGGAGUGGAAACCUUGGGGGUGAGCCACGUCCCCAUCCUACCUCCGUCAAGUCCAUGGAGGGCGACUGCUCAAGGUGAGAGGGGAGCCAGCCAAGGGGAUGAACGGGCUCAGCCACAGGGCUGCCGUGGACGGCCUGAGGUGAGUCUCUCUGUUCUAUUUGCAUUGAAUGCACGCACGUGAAGGAUCCGCUGUUGUCUUCAGCAGAAUCCUGAACGAACCAAAAUGUCUUUCUGCUUGAACAGGACGAUCCCAAGAAGAAGGGAUUUGAGGAGAAAGCCCAUUUCAGGACUUGGUCUGGGCUGGUAGCCACUGGCCGGACCUCUUGCCUGUUUUCCUCCUCCUGCUGGGCCGUGAUUCCACAGGCCAUUUUAGGAUUUUCAGCAACAAGGGUUGAAACUGCAAGAAGCCUAGGUGAGAAGGCUCACGGAGCCGGGACACAGCACCUCUCGCCGCCCGGCGCUGGCUGAGAUCUCACCGCACGGAAUAACCACAGCUCUGGAACACUCUUUCCGGUAGGCGCUAGGUGCUAGGUAUGGUCCCCCAAGGGAACGCCCUAUUCCAUUAUCCUAUCGAGAGAAAUACCAACCCGAGGAUGUGGGUUCUUUCCUUCCGAAGUGGUUUUGUCCCUAGAGCAGGACACAGAAACCCCAGGACGUGGGCUGUAGGGCAGGGUAGUGGGGAAGCUGGCUGUGCGCCGGAGUGGGGUUCUGAAAGCAGCGUCAGGGAGACGGUCUGGACCUGGCCUAGGGACACCGGCCCCCUUUGAAGGCAAGCCCUGCAGAGACGGGCAGAAUCCACUCAGGUGCUCUUGUGAAGGGGCCUUCUGGAGCUUUCCAUGUUAAGAGUUCCUAGUGGCCUGGCCACCCCUCCCCCAAAUGAAACUCACUUCUGGGGUUAACAGGGCAAGGUGGUUACAAACCAAACCUCAUCUUGUCUGCCUGUUUCUAUAUAUAAAUGUGUGCAUAUAUAUGAAUGUAUGUAUAUAUAUAACAUAUAUAUACACACUAUUUCGAUACAUCGUAGUAAAAUAAUACUAUUGUGUUAUUGCAUAGAAGAGGUGGCUUUUGCAGACUGGGCUUAGGUGAUGGUCUGGGAGCGCUGGCGGCUGCCUGGAGGCUGCUGGGUAGUGGGGACCACAUAGCCGCUGAGCUGUCGCUCCUGUUCCUCCUGCUUCCGGGCGUGCUCCUCGUACCACUCCUAAAGCAGAGAGCAGACAGGGGGCUGAGCAGGCCCCACCCCUACCCCCCACCCCCCUAGCCAACCCUGCUCUUCCCCCCGCCUGACGGGGCCACCCAGGCUGGGCAGUGCUGUGACCCAUUAGCCCACAGGGGGCAGCAGGAAGACGCCUCCGCAGAGGAGGCAGGGCUGCCAGCCCCACCCAACUGGGACUGAACAGUCUCCCCACCAUCCUCAGAUCUGCUGGGAAUUCUUUCUUUCUUUCUUUCUUUAAUUUAUUGGCUGCAUUGGGUCUUUGUUGCUGCACACGGACUUUCUCUAGUUGCUGCGAGCAGGGGCUACUCUUCACUGUGGUGCUCAGGCUCCUCAUUGUAGUGGCUUCUCUUGUUGUGGAGCACGGGCUCUACGUGCGUGGACUUCAGUAGUUGUGGCUCACAGGCUCUAGAGCACAGGCUCAAUAGUUGUGGCGCACGGGCUUCGUUGCUCCGUGGCAUGUGGAAUCUUCCCAGGGCAGGGCUCGAACCUGUGUCCCCUGCAUUGGCAGGCAGAUUCUUUACCACUGCGCCACCUAGGAAGUCCCCUGCUGGGAAUUCUGAAUGUGGCCCUAAGUAGAAAAAUGACUAUGUUAUCUUUGCCUUUCUAAUUAGAGGUUUGCAAACCUCCUUGUCAAGUGUGCUUGGCACAACCACCUCUUUAAAUGAGGCCCGGGUAGUAAUAAUCACCCUUUGCUUGUGAACAUAAUCUGUGUGCUUCACAAAGGGAUGUCCCUCCCCACCCCGUGUUACCCCUUUUGAGCUGGGUGUCCUCAUUUUACACCCGGGAAACUGUAUAAAGUUGUAUGAAGCUUCCGUGUGUGUCCUAACUCUCCUGUUGCUUUUGCUGCUCUCCUAAAUGGCUGUGAGAACCUUUUGAAAAAAGCCAAACAGCUCACCCGCCUAAGACUAUUACUGUUGUAUCAUCCGGCAUUUUCUGGGACAGAUGUAUUCAGAGAAGGUGCGAGUCGCUUCAGGGGACUGCAGCCUCCCGGCCUCUUGGGCGUGAACCCUGGUCAUCCCUGUCCCAGGGAUAAAGGGUUUCCGGCCUGAAAACAGCACCGUCACAGUGGCUGG